CGUCUCAGAGGGGCGGGGCUGAGGCUCAGGGAGCAGGAGGGGGGCAAGAGAAGGGAAUUCCAACCUGUGGAACUUUGGGGGUCCCGGAGGUCGGCUGCUUGCCCCUGACUGUGGCUUGUGCAUGGGGCUGAGCCUCCGGCGGCUCGUGGGGGCGUUGGGGCCCGCGGGGCGAGGCAGGGGAGUGUCGCAGUGUAAGUGGGGUACGGGAAUUCCAAACUUAGAACCUUGAGGCCCUCGGGGCUCCGGCGCCGGGAGGAGGGAGCUCGGGCCGCCAUGCGAGACAGGACCCACGAGCUGAGGCAGGGGGAUGACAGCUCGGACGAGGAGGACAAGGAGCGGGUCGCGCUGGUGGUGCACCCGGGCACGGCCCGGCUGGGGAGCCCGGACGAUGAGUUCUUCCAGAAGGUCCGGACAAUUCGGCAGACUAUCGUCAAGCUGGAGAAUAAAGUCCGGGAGUUGGAGAAGCAGCAGGUCACCAUCCUGGCCACGCCCCUUCCCGAGGAGAGCAUGAAACAGGACCUGCAGAACCUGCGCGACGAGAUCAAACAGCUGGGAAGGGAGAUCCGCACGCAGCUCAAGGCCAUUGAGCCCCAGAAGGAAGAGGCUGAUGAGAAUUAUAACUCGGUCAACACAAGGAUGAGGAAGACGCAGCAUGGGGUGCUGUCGCAGCAGUUCGUGGAACUCAUCAACAAGUGCAACUCGAUGCAGUCCGAAUACCGGGAGAAGAAUGUGGAGCGGAUUCGGAGGCAACUCAAAAUCACCAAUGCUGGGGCAGUGUCCGACGAGGAACUGGAGCAGAUGCUGGACAGCGGGCAGAGCGAAGUGUUUGUGUCCAAUAUCCUAAAGGACACCCAGGUGACCCGGCAGGCCCUCAAUGAGAUCUCAGCCCGGCACAGUGAGAUCCAGCAGCUUGAACGUAGCAUCCGUGAGCUCCACGAAAUCUUCACUUUCCUGGCUACAGAGGUCGAAAUGCAGGGGGAGAUGAUCAACCGGAUCGAGAAGAACAUCCUGAGCUCCGCAGACUACGUGGAACGCGGGCAGGAGCACGUCAAGAUCGCCCUGGAGAACCAGAAGAAGGCGAGGAAGAAGAAAGUCCUCAUUGCCAUCUGUGUGUCCGUCACGGUCCUCAUCCUGGCCGUCAUCAUCGGCGUGACCAUAGCAGUGGGCUAGAGUUGUAUAUUUUCGGCACCGGAAGCUCCAGGGACCCAGGUCGUGGCCUUGUCUCCCUGCAGCACAGAGCCCCCAGUGAGGACCCCCACCCCACCCUGCGCCCUCAGGCCCCUGUACAGAGGUGGCAGACGGUUCUUCUUGGGUCAGCAGCUGGUCGUCCAUGGGGGCCCCCCUCCCCUUCAAGCUGCAGUGCCUGGGCGAGGGAGGGUCUGCAUUGUCCUGUUUGGCCGGGACACAUGGUUUUGUAAAAAAUUAAAGAAAAAAAAAGAGU